UCUUAUUUUAACAGUAGCUGAUUAUCAGGCAUGCACACUGGAGGAAAACAAAUACACGGCUCCCCUUUGGAUUCUGGAUUCAGCUCGUCCUGUGUGAAAGUCUAUCUGUGCUCCAACCCAGAAGACAGCGUGGUGGAGCGUAGAGCUCUGAGAGAGACUGUGUUCCCCAGAUUCAGAGAGCACUGUAGACACUCACUGGGACUGGAUGUCAGGGUGAUAGACCCAUUUGAGUCCAGUGAUCCCAGUCUCUGGCCAGAUGAAGACACCAGGCAGCAGAUAAUACAAGAAUGCAGAAGAAGCUCAGCAGGACCUUUUUUACUUGCUCUGGUAGGACAUCAGUAUGGCGCAGCCCGUCUGCCCGCUCAGGUGGAGGUGUCAGAGUUCGAACUGCUGCUGCAGCAGUGCCAGGAGGCCGGCAUCAGCACCCAGGAGCUGGAGAAGGCCUACCAGAGGGAUGAGAACACCAUCCCUACCUCCUACUGCCUGAGAGCUUCACAUAGACACACCUGGUUUUCGCUGCAGGCAACAACUAAGAAGAAGGAGGAGAGCAAAAACGAGGCUAAAGAUGAAGAACUGAGGAAGUUGUUUCACACAGCUGUGAGUCUGUGUGUACAAAGUGGCAGUAUGACUCCAGAGAGGGCCAAAAGCUACUACAGAUCAGCCCUCGAUGUAGAUCUGCGUUAUGCUCUGGAAAGCUGUCCUGAGGGAGACAUGGCCAGACGCUGCUUGAUCUAUAUCCACAAGAUUAUCAAUGCAAAAAGAGAGGGAGAAAAAGGACAUGUGAAAAAACAGCUGCAGUCAAAGUUGAAGGAUGGGACCCCUCUGAGUGCAUUGUCCACUAAUGAAAAAUUACUGUCAGAACUGUGUGACAGCUUCCUCAAUCAUCUCAUCACUUCCUGCCAGCUUCUAGUCUACACCUUAAGCACAGUGUGUGACCAGCGCCAUGGUUACACGUCAGCCAGGAGGAGGGGCUAUGUCGAAUCUCUGUGCCAACAGGUGUACUGUGACCUCCUGCAGACAUGUGUCAGCCUGAACGUCUCACAGAGCGGAGAGCCUUCUCCCCUCGGUGACGCUUUAUCCAGAGAGCAGGCCGAACAGGAGCAGCUGUGUGACAUCCUGAGUCAGUUUUAUGACAUCAUUCAGCCCGAGGAGGAAAAGGUCAGAGUAUAUGUGGAGACGAGGUACCAACAGUUCCCUCUGAUAGUAACCGGAGGCCCGUGCACAGGGAAGACAGUCCUGCUAGCACACUGCACUCAGCAGAUGAAGUCUUGGCUUGCAGAUAGUGACCCUGUGGUGAUCAGUUUUUUCUGCAGCUUGUCAAUUAAUGCUUCACCAAAGCAUCUGCUGUCGAGCUUGUGUUAUCAAAUAGCCUGCAGAUAUCACAGUGACUCUUCCGCUAAGCAGGAUGCAAGCCUCUGCACUGACCUGGAUGAUUCUGGCAGUACCACCAACCCCAGAGAGUUCACAUCCAGCUGUAGCCCAGCAUCUGUUUCAGAUUCUCAGCAUGAACACGGCACCAAAGAGUGUGUUUCUGACUGCGACCAAAGCUGUAAUCUUGUUGAAUAUCCAGGUCAAAGACAGAUUGAUUCUGGCAUCAUAAAACCUGAUGCUUGUCUGUCUGAACUUAAACAACACCUCUCAUCCCUCAUCAGCCACCUGCCUUCUACUGAAAAGCCUCUCAUUUUGAUUCUUGAUGGAUUAGAUCAGCUCAAAAACAACACCGGUCUUCAAAUCAUGGAAAGCCUCCCCUCUCCCCUUCCUCCUUGUCUCAAAUUCAUCCUCACAGUUUCCUCCAAUCGAACACAUUUCCUGCAAGCCAUCAAACUACAUUAUGCAUCUCACAUUGUAUCAGAGGAUAUAUGGACAGGACAUGUGUGUGUACAGUUGGGACCAGUGGACAGGAAGCAGAGCGUGCAGAUGUUGGCGUCACUGCUGAAACGUUCAGGGAGGAGGGUGACUUCAGGACAACAAGCUCUGGUCAACCAGGCUCUCACUCGCUGUUGUCUGCCGCUCUACACUCGACUUCUGCAUGCACACACCUCCCUCUGGCACUCUGAUUCAGAUGUGAUUGAGUCAUCUCUCCCUGACGCCGUCCAUUCAUCUAUUUCUGUACUCCUGGAUCACCUUGAGCAGAAACAUUUCUCGUCCAUCGUAGCUCGCGCUGUCUCUUACCUCACCCUCUCCAGGACUGGGCUCUCAGAGGCUGAGCUCGCAGAUCUGCUGUCCAGUAGUGAAGAUUCCCAGCACAUGGGCUGUUCCUUUAAGAUGAAAGUCCCACAAGUCGAUGUGGAGAGACUUCUUUUGGAUUUAAAGAGCUUUCUUAUUAAAAGGAAAGUUGCAAAUUCCCAGGUUUUGUUCUGGGUGAGCAGGCAUUUCAAACUGGUCGUGGCAAAAAGGUAUUUAGGCACUCAUGAUGUAAGGAUUCAUUCUGAGAUGGCAGACUAUUUUAGUGGAGAGACAUCAGGAGUAAACAAGGAUGCAGCCUUAAAAACAUACACAGACACUCAGCAAUCCAGCCAGCCAUUUGUCUUCACUUCAAUCAAAGGGGAUAGUAGGGUGAAUGUGAGAAAAAUCUUAGAACUGCCGUAUCACCUGCAACAAAGCGGCAGAUGGAAAGAGUUUGAGCGUGUGCUGUUGAUGUCAUUUGAGUUCCACCAGGCUAUGGUUCAAGCUGGUCUUCUUGGAGAACUGCUAACCAUGCUGGAGACUGACAAAGGGUCGUCUCAGUUUAAGUUUGCAACAGAAAGACAGCUGCUUGCAAGCAUACUGAAGUCUUCUGCUUGCUUCCUGCAGAGCUCACCACUGCAGCUGCCCACAGUGAUGGAGACAAGCCUCCUCCCCUAUCUGGAAGUCUUUCCUGCUCUUGAGGGUUAUGUCAGAGACAUCAGGGAAGGAAGAGAAAGUGGAUUGGGAAUAACACUUUGCCCCAGUGCUCCCUCUGUUCCCCACAUUCAGUACUUAAAUCAUGAUAACCCAAACAAGGACGUUUGUGUAAGAGAAAUUGCUGGUACAGAGUGUGGGGCUGUUGCAGAAAUCAUGGAUGAUGGUUCUGCUUGGAUUUGGAAAGGGCGUGGAUACAAUGUAGCCAACCUGUCACUGAGCUGUGAACAGACAGAGCUGAAGUUUGCAGGAGUGAAGGGUAGCGGUUCGUUCCUCCUGCUUUCAACACGUUGCAACAGGUUUUUCGUGUGGGAUGCGGCGGGCCCAGAAAAGUUUCUUGAAGUUAAAGACCCUUUUAAAAAUGAGCACGAGUCGAGCCAAGCACCCGGCAACAUCGAGGGAUUUGUCGCGAGUCAGAAAACGUUGUCCAUGUGGUGGAAAGAUGAGAGUUUUGUGAGCGUGUUUGAUAUCUCCAGUGAGACCUUAACUCAUUUCCAGUGUCAGAGCCGUGUGGCCUGUGUGGUUUUCUCCUCUGAUGGUCUUUUCAUGUACUGUGGCCAGGAGGAAGGCAUGGUGUCCAUAUUUGACAUGAAAAUGAACAGUCUGCUUAGCACCUGCUCCAACUCAAACCACAGUGCAGUUACAGUGAUCAUCCUCUGUGAAGACAAGAGGGAAAUGGCAUGUGUUGACAGGACUGGAAAUGUAGCCUUAUGGGAUGUGGCAGCCAAUGCGCAGCCACCCAGACUUGUCAAAGAAAGCUUCUCUCAGGCUUACUCUAAUAACAUACUCACUACAAAUUAUUCCAGUGAAAUUAACACUCUUUUGUUGUGUCAAGCCCACCAGACUUCCCUGUGGGACACUUGUACUUGGGAGCUGUGGGACCAGUUCUUGGCUCCACAAGGAAGAGCCUUCAGUCAAGCUGUGCUCUCACACGAUGGUCACCUUUUCCUGGCUUUGUUAGACACCUGCACGUUUGUCUUGGUGUGGCGGGUCAGCAGUGGGCAGUGUGUUCUCUCCUUAGAAACAAACAAGCAGCCACACACACUCCUCAAAAUGGCCUCAGAUGUCAUUUCUGUCAGUCAUGAUGGCUGCCUGACAGCGUGGGACUCUGAGAUGAUUGAUUGUGCAGGAGGUGCUCAGAAAAUGGGCCGUGGAGUGAAGGAGGUGGUGGUUGAGCAAGCAGGUGAGUGGUUCUACACGAGAGACGGGUCAGAGCAAGUGUGGAGGUGGAGUCUAGAGACGGGACUUCCGCAUGUUAACUUCCUGCAUGCUGGGCCUGUGGAAAAACUGCAGCUUUCUCCAAACGGCGUCCACCUGGUGUCACUCUCAGCAGGGGACAUUUACGUGUGGAGGACAGAAACGGGUGAAAAUGUCCUGCGUAUCAGUGGCAGCAGAGCUACAGAUAUCCUGAUCACCCCUAAUAACAACUUUGGAGUGAGCAUCUCUCAGCGAGGGCUCUCACGCGUUUGGAAGAUUGCCCAGGGAAAUAUUGUAUGCAGCAUCCACCCAUACCUAUCUGACCCCCAGGUAUCACCUGAGAGCACGUACUUACUUGGCUGUCGCCAUGGAGACCUGCUGGCUGCCAGUCUGUGGUCGGGCUCGAUCAGCAAACGUUUCUUCUGCGUGGAAAGCUCUGAGCAAGUUGUCGCCUUUCACACUCUUUCAGAGCACCCUGAAUUUGUGGUGGUGAUGGUGGCCUCAGGGGCAGUGUACACAUGGAAGGUGGCAGAGGAGACGGUGUGCCAGCACUUUGAGCUGCCACACAUGUUUCACUGUCAGCCACAGGACUUCCAAAUGUCCUCUGAUGGCAGCUACGCACUGCUGUCCACUGAAAAUGAUGCCAUUAACCUCUUAAAUCUGUCUCGGGUCAGACUGUGCUCAUUCAAAGUCGAGGGUCCUGUCAUUAAAGCCUGCUUGGACAAAACUGGGCACUAUGUUGCUUACAUAACCAGCCCCUCCAGGCUGGGGGACAGCUGUGACUGCUCCCUGCAUGCAAGGCCCAUCCUUCAAGUCAGACGACUUUCAGAUGGGGAGAAAAUAGGAGCUGUGUGUCUGUCUAAGAAUCCACUAACUCUGGUCAUUUGUGAACAACACUGUGUGUUUGUGGGCUUUGGGGACGGGUCUGUAGGUGUGUACUGCAUUUCAGAUGCCACAGUCAAUGAGGAUGAGUCAGUCAGGUAUUGUGAAAACUGGAAUGUUCCACUGAAGCAGUGCCCCUUUGAUAGGGAGCCAUUCAGCUUGCCUCCUCAAGCCACCCCCAAUAUUAUGUGGCCUUAAGAUUAUUAUAUGAUGCUGGACAAAGACAAUGCUUUUUAUAAAAGUUUAAAUGAUGUGGAAAAAGUAUUUGCCCCCUUGCUGAAUUCGUAGUUUUUUACAUAUUCGUCACACCGACAUGUUUCAGAUCAUCAAUCAAAUCCUAGUAGUAAACAAAAAUAACCCAAGUAAAUACAAAAUGUAAUUUUUAAAUGUUGAUGUUAUUCAUUAAGGGGAAAACAACCCAAACUGCAUGCCCCAUAUGUGAAAAAACUAUCACCACCCCACCCCCUUUAAUGAAUUAACUGUGAUUAACUGCAUUUUUUUAUUUUGAAAGCUGAGUUCAAUUUCACUAACCACACCCAGGCCAGAUUACUGCCAGACUAGUUGAAACAAGAAAUCACUUAAAUAGAACCUGUCUGACAAAGUGAAGCAGGCUAAAAGAUCUCACAAAGGUCUGAGGCUGCCUUGCUGCCUCAGACCUGGACGUCUUGCUGUAAUUGAUGGAACCAUGAAUUCUGCUGUCUACCAGAAAAUCCUGAAGGAGAACAUCAGUUCAUGCUAUGAAGCCAAAGUGCACUUGGGUUAAACAGUGGGACAAUGAUCCAAAACACACCAGCAAGUCCACCUAAAGAAAAACAACCAAAAUAAAAAAAAAAAAAAAAUGAAGGCUCUGCAGUGCCUUAGUCAGAGGAUUUGGGUUAAAUGUUAGAGAAGCCUCUGAAAAUGAGGUCCAAAUCACUUUCAGUGCAAAAACUUGCCAGUGGACACAGAUCCUAAAUCACAACAAAAAAGACAAUAAUAAGGCAAGACUAAGUUUUACAAGAGGCUACAGGAAGAACAGACAUGAAGUGAGACAGUCUGUGCGUGUACAUGUGUGCACACGUGUGUUCUUGGUACCUCCAUCCAUGUGCCAGUGUGACAAAGUCCUGGAUGCAGUCUUCAGUCUGCAUGUUCAGUCCAUCAAGUUCCAACUGAGCUUUGGAAAAAACAAUCUCAACUUUUCCUUGGAUUUUCAGGGUUGUUCAGUUCAUCCAGGAAUUUCAGCAGGUAUCGGAUGUGUUGCUGUUUUGUUCCUCCACUUCAACCUUUGAUCCUGGAAUCCUGGAAGCCCGGGAAUCUCCUGUUCAGCUACAGCCAACAGUUGCUGUAAAGCAACAAAUUCUAUACAGCAGGGAAACUGACUGCUUGGUCAAUAAUGCACAAUGGGCCAGGCCCCCGCUGUAUCAACAAACAGCUGUUUUUAAUGAUGUGUGGCCAGCAGAGUCUUCAUGGAUGAUGCCCUUCAACAAAACAUAGAAAAGGGUUGCCAGCAUGAUCCAGCAGUUUGUUGCUGGUAUGGACUCGUGUGGUCAGUUCUGGCAAUUGGUGAAAAGAUUCUGGAAGCAGUUCCUGCCUAUAUGUACAAAUGCUGGACACAAACUUACCAGGAACUGCUUCCAGAAUCUUUUCACCAUUGCUUGGAGUCCUGCAGGGAGCAACAAGCGUGAGGAGGAGGAAGCUACCGUCUUCCAGUGGGAAUGGUGGCUUAUGGCCAUUCAAGAGCACGAGGUGGACCACACUUUUGAAGAGCUGCUGGUGUUUGCCACUGGGGCGGACUGCCUGUCACCUCUGGGGUUCCCACAGUCCUGCACCAUUGACUUUUACGACCAGGAGCCAGGGAUCUGUUGCAUACCAUAUGCGUCAACAUGCAGUUUGUGUCUUUACCUCCCAAGAGGUGUUGGAGAUGACAACCACUUUAAAGAACUUAUGUACACGGCACUAAAAGGAUCCCUUGGUUUUGGAAAGGCAUAGCUGUACAUUUCGUUUGAAGUUGGCUUGUUCUCCAUGAGAUUCCUCCUGGCAUUCUGCCUUCAAGAGACUUGUACAAUGUAGAGUUUUAAUAUGUUGAGUGUGUUUUCUCCCUUUACAAAUGUUGUUGUUUAUGUUGUAUUUAUGGUUCUCUUUUGAAAAGUUAGGUAAACGUAAGGCAAACAAUGCACUAAAUCUUCAGAUAAUGUAACUUUUUAUUUA